GAGCACCGUCUCAACAUUCAUAGGCAGCGCAUCGGCAGCAGCAUCAAAACGGAGGAGAAUAAACGUAGAGAUAGAUAAAUCGUGUGUGGCAGCGUGUCGUUCGUUUCCUAGUCGGGGCAAGUGAACUCAAACCGUGAGCCUGCGUUAUACGAGGCCGCGACCGAUGGUAGCUAAGGACCACGGUGGCUGUAGGCCCCGCACCCCUCGCUGGUGAUGAUCUCUGAGGGCAACAUCUUCCCUUCGCGGAUAUCCCGCUGGUACUACCGGCAUGGAUUGCGAUGUGCGUCGCAUCCACAUCGGUUUUUAGCUUUUACGGCUCUGCUUGUCUUGAUCUGCGGUUAUCCACUGUGGCGUCUGAGUACGACGGGUAGUCACCACUUCGACGAAGGAGGAUCGGAUCCUGCUCCAGAAUGGUUUCGGGGACCUCCUCUGGCAUUUGUACAGCAGAUAAUUGUUCGUAGCGCCGUUUACCCAUGGGAUUCGGAGGACACCAAUUUAGCGGAUGCCUUCCGGGCGCCUUUGUAUACAUCAUUCAAAGUUUCGGAGAUCGUGACCAAUCAUCAGUGUUCGAGCACAUCCAAUAAUACUCAGAGACGAAUUUCGCUUCACGAUCUUUGCCUGCAGGUUCAAGAGAGCUCUUCCGGCUCGUCGGGUCUCCUGCCGCAGUACUCCUGUCUGGUGGUCUCGCCUGCGCUGAUCUGGCACCGAGACCCACAGCGAUUCCUCCAAGAUGCUCAUAUCUUCGACAGUUUGUUCGGUCUGAGAGAAACCAAAGAACUCUUCUUCGGCCUGCCUUGGAGAGAAACGGGUCUAAGGAAAAGUUCCGAUAAGAACCAACAUCGGGUCCUGAGCUAUGCCGUUUCGCUGCUGCUCGAAAAAUAUGACCGGAAUUACAUAAGCUCUCUGGAGAACGCUCUGGCGAAGCAAUUUCCGCUCAGCCGCGUGAACAACAGCAACAGCACGAGGUCGACCCACAACAGUCAUCUGCAUUUCCGUUACGUGCAUCAUCUCGCAGAAUUCCUUCCAUUGACGGUCGUGUACAUGACAAUGACUUUUUACGUUUAUUUCUCGCUGAGUAAAGUAGCGCUCCUACGGAGUAAAUUCCUCUUGGCGUCUGCCACUGUCGGCAAUGUGAUACUUUCGACUAUUAUCGCCAUCGGAAUAUGUUUGUGGAUUCGGUUGAACCCGACGCUGAACGGCAAUCCCUUGGUGAGUCCAAGGGCGAGUCCUUGCGUCGCAUCUGAAAUCUUGCCCUACCUUCUUGUGAUCAUCGGGCUCGAGAACAGUCUGUGCAUAACAAACUCUGUGGUCAACUGCACCCCCAGAGGGGCAAAAAUACAUCUAGCGCAAGGAUUGUCCCGAGAAGGAUGGUCCAUAGUGAAAACACUGCUCACGGAACUGUCGGUGUUGACCGUGGCAUUUUUCACGUUCGUGCCCUCGAUCCAGGAAUUUUGUCUGUAUGCCCUAAUCGGCGUCGUCACGGACUAUGUCUUGCAACACGUUUUUUUCGCAACUCUCUUGUCACUGGACCUACAGAGGAAGGAGAAAGACGAUGAGCGCACUCUCGUCCCUAACCCGCGGAACCACAAUCGAAUGGCUAGGGUCUUCGCAGGGCCCACGCAGAGCAGCGUUCUUGACAAAGUACCCCGCAGGUUGCAGUUAUUGUACAUCUGGACGCGGUUCCGUUUCGUCCAACGGAGUUUGAUGGCCGUCAUGAUAGUCUGGAUCGUCCUGCUCGUCCAACAUUCUGGAAUCAUAGAGUCAUUCCGGCCCUUACCUCACAACUUCACCUCAAACCUCAACCUAAUGAGUGUCCAGGACAUCAAAGACAAGCUCAGUCUGACGCUACCGAAGGAGUUCUUCAAAAGAUUCGAGGGCCUGCACCAAGAUCGGGAGGCCGAUCAACCCUUCAGCGAAUUCGCUGCGUUGCGCAAUCAAAAGAGCUCCUGGAAGGAUCUACCGACUUUGCACUGGACAGCGUUGUUCGGUUUCUACAAUAUGUCCUUAUGGGGUCGAUAUAUAACGGUUCUGCCGGAGAUCCACGUCGCCAUCCCGAUCGCGCGAACAGAAGCGGUCAAGUUCAGGCAUCACGAGGACACCUCAUUCCAAUUCUACCCGGAAUGGUCGCUCCUGCCGGAACCGAACGAGUCACUGGAGGCCCUAGCCCGGCCUCUGUUUAUUAUACUCCUUGUACCCACAUUUUUGUUCAUUCUGUAUUUGUUGAUAGUUCUGUAUCGUUGUGUGUGUACUCGAAACUACGCUCAAUGGCGAGCCCAAUGGCAUACCAGAGGCUUCGAAAGCGCGAUGGUGUCACCGGACGACGUCAAAGCCGGUCCGCUAUUCCACGAGACAUUUCCGCUCCGACUCAGCGGGCAUUCGCUGCCGAUAACCGAGAUCGCCUGCAGCGAAUACAAAAAUCUGGUCGUGUCGGCAAGCGUCGACGGAGAAAUACGCGUCUGGGACGGGACCAAUGGGGGCUGUUUGCAGGUCAUCAAGAACCAUGACGACGACAGGGUAUGGGCCAUGACCUGUUACGGGAACUGGCUCAUUAUCUCAGCAGUUCGAGGGGGUUCAGGGAGGCUGGAGCUGUGGCAUGCUCUCGAGAGCAAAAAAUAUUCGACUGUGGAUUGCGAUAGUCCCGUCACCUCGAUCGCGACUCAAGGCAGACUAAUCAUGGCGGCUUCGAUGUCAGGGCAGCUUUCGUCGUUCGUUGUCGAUAUGGACAAGCACCGAAAAACGUGUCUGGCCAUCAAUGGAGGGGUAACGGCCCACAGUAACCCAGUGACAGCUCUGUGUUUCCCCGAGGGUUCACAUGUUCUCACAGGGUCGCUCGAUCGAUUGGUGAAAGUAUUCUCGGCCGACGAGCUAGCGUGCGUGUACACGUUGCACGGGCACGGGGGCGCCAUCUCGGGACUGUGUGCUGAUGAGCGUCAAGCGGUUUCGGCUUGCCUUCACGGCAUGCUCUGCUUGUGGGAUCUGCUCACCGGGACAUGUAUCUACUCAUUGAAUGCUCACAAGGGCUCUAUAUCCUCAGUUCGCAUAAGUGCACUGUAUGUAAUCAGCUGCUCGGAGACCGAAGGACGUUUCCGCGUAUGGGAACGAACUCAAGGUCAUCUGCUCCACUCGCGGCAGGUCCGUUGCCGGCAGAUGGAACUCCUGUCCGAUGACGUUCUGGUCACCUGCGCCGAUGACAUUCUACUGUGGGACGUGCAUUGCGCCGAACAAAUCCAAAUGGUGCAACUGAGUGGCGAGGUGGGAAUCCGGGUGUUGAGGAAAGCUCAUGGUAACCUCAUUUGCGACUCGGGUCAUGAUCUCUGCGUAGUUUUCUUCCCGGCGUUGACCAACAAAAUGGAGUGAUCAACCCCACUAGCCGUAGCGGAUAGCAGGGUAACCGACGGUGUAUGUACAUCACUCACUCACUCACGUCUGUACUGUGUAUACUGUUGCGAUAUGACGAGACCGAGCGUGCUUGUGCAAUAAUUAUUGAAUUUUUAAAUUGACGUUGAACUUCUCCGAGGGCCCCCGGCUGCUUUCCCCGCUGGAGAUGUUGUC